AAGGACUUGGAGACCUGGCUGAUCAUGAUCGUUUGACUGGUACUAGAGGUGCUGUAGCUGUACAAGAACAACUCUGAUAACACAUACUUGCUAAACAAAGGACUUGGAGACCUGGGUGAUGAAGAUUUUCAAAUGAAGGUGGGAUGCAACUCAACAUCUGCCUCCCUAGGUCUAUCGACUUUUCAAUUGGAACCUUCCCUGAGCAAUGAUGAAGCAUCUUCAGAGGUUUCUUGCUGAUAAGCCCUCUUGCUUCUGGAGGGUGGUCCUCUUAAUGCUCCGACUUUUUCUUCUUCCUAUUACGACAGCACCUGCUGUGUGCACUAUUUUUGCGUCUUCCUCAUUGGUAAGGAGGACCAGUGGUGGUACUCUUAAUCUCUCUUCUUCCUCUUCGACAGGACGAAUUGGCACGACUGGCAAUGGGAGGACAACGAGGACAACCACGAGCCUGUUAGCGGACUUUAGGCAGAGGCUGAUCCGGAUAGAAGCGCAGCUACUGGCACUGCAGUCUCGAGGACUACCGUUCUCUGAAGGACAGUCAUCUUACGGAUGGGAUUUCAUUUUUCUUGUAGCGGGGCUAUAAUUGAGUAUUCGAAGAUGACCAUGGCGGUCGGUCGAUUACGAAUUUACUUUGGCUUCACCUUCAUAAUUAUAGCGUAUAGCAUCUGGCACCCCACUUUUUUCUUCUCAAGGAAAACAUUUGAAUUUGUUUGAAUUAUAAUAGCGUUCAAGACGACCAAGAAGACAUCCACAAAAUCAAAAAAAAAGAUCAAAAAGAAAUUUGUGGUCAUUUUUCAAGCACGACGUUCAUAAUUUCGUGAGACGUGGAAGACGGACCUCGAAUCGAUGGCUUCACAAUCAAAUCCGUGGUAUACGAACUACCGACUCCCUGAAUGAGAGCUUUACGACGGCCAGAUCUAAGUAGUAGAGGUCGCAUGAUUACUAGCUUUAGCGGUGCGAGUACACAUAUUGAGUCAGAGUGAGAGUGCACGAUGAAUAUUUAAUACGAUAAAAGUCGAUAAAAGAAGAGUCGGAGUGCUACAACUAAUAUGUCGUACAACAUGAGCAACAACACGUAGGCUCUUACAAAAGAAACUGUAACCUAGUUUACCUUUCCCUCUACCUGCUAAACAUUCACCUCCUCGAAGUUCUCCUAGUACCAAAAAAAACUAAAGGUCCUGCUACAUGAUGUCUAGAUUCCUCUAGUACACGAUGAAUAUUCUGCUUGGUGUUAUGUAUCAUCUGAUAGAAAGUAAAACGAUGUUCUUUUCACUGAGUCACUUCUGUUCAUAGCUGCAAGUUAGUUCACAGAGAAAUCCUCUUCGAACUCCUCAAGAUAUUACUAGGAUUUAGUUUAUUUUGAUGUGGAUGUCAUGUGCUAUAGGACGAAUUAGAAUUAGACCAACCAGGGUGAUCGAGUAAGGAUUGCAAUACGAAGCGUACACAUGACAUUAGACCAACGGCCACUGGUGACCAAGAACGUAUGAAAAUUAAUCAAUCUAUGUGUAAAAAGUAAAUGUAAAAGAUUAUGCCUUCUCUAAGUUCUCUGCAUCUUCUAGAAGUGCUAGAUCAACAGGACGACGACGAGGUGCACAAGUUGAAUUACUUCUAGACGACGAGGAUGCCACUUCUUCGCCGGAAGUUAUUCCCAUUCUUAGGGCUGGUUUUUCACUGUCCCGUGAGUGGGGAUCAUGCAUGCUCGAUGCUGGCUGAGAAGUCCUUGAUUUACAGGUGAAACCAAAGGUAAUAAAGCGGGUACUAGGCAUCUCACUCAACCCGUGACAUCAGUGGAAGACUAGCUUUAAUUUUCGUGCCGAAUCCGCGCCAGCACUACUGGCCUCGGCACAGGAGGAAGCAAUUAGUACCUAUUCUGGAAUUCCCGACUCUGGAACUCCUGUUGCCGAACUGAUCCCUGUUGCCGAACUGAUCCCUGGUGAGCAACGACCCUACUUAAGACUUCUGGAAGUCUCCCAUUUUGCAAACGUGACAGUGGCGGAACAUUUAAACUACAUUUAAUAUUACGCAGGUGGACCUCGACCUUCAUUCUAGCACGACCUUCAUUCAAGCAUGCUGGUGCUGGACCUUCUUCAUUUAAGGGGGAAGCGGGUCCAGGACGACGACUUUCAAGAUAGAUUUUGGGAAGGUGGUGGGUCGAACUCCAAGAACUUAUUUUUACUAAUAUAAAUAGAAAUAAUUAUAGUAACGAGCUGCAAAGGAAGAUCGGGAGUUGUUUCUUCCAUAUGAAUGUUAGUUGAAGUGCAUGAAAAUAUGGAUGUUUCUAUUAGUCACGUACACAGCUUUAGCAUAAUCCACUAUUGAAAAUAAAGUUUGUUUACAUCAGCUACACAAAAAGUUAAUUCUAUUACUUUUUAUACUUUAGCAAAGGCUGCUUCCAACACCAUCCAGCGAAGAUCGGGAGUUGUUUCUUCCAUCAUCAAAAACUGGCUGUCCGUGGCCACGUAACUGUGCCGCAACGACAUUAGCUGGAUUCAAGAAACUACUCCGUCGCCGCGAACGGACUUCUGGCUGUGAACUAGAUUUAUGAGGCAUAAUUCAAAGCAAAACAAAAACUAGUAGGAAGAUGGAAGUGCUUAGCUUCGAUUAAGUAGUAAACUUUUCGACUAGUCGCUAGUGCUAAGAAAGUUGUCAAAGCUUCUUCAUCUACGGAUUGAAAUCAUACCUGCUCGUGAUAAAUUGAGUACGCACUAACAUCAAUGAGAACUUACGCUUGACGAAUCCUUUCGAUCAAGAGAAAUGUACCUCUACUUGGUCUGAAAAUAUUUUUUGCCUACUAGAAGCCAUUUUCAUCUAGUUACCUAGAACUAGAAGUACCUGCUUCAACUAAUUGAUUCUAAUCAGAAACAUGGACAUGGUACUAUCUUUAUUUAUUUCGAGCAGGAGGAGGAGCACGCUUCUUCUAAAUAUACCUUCAGGUGGAGCUGCUCCACCUUGUGGUGCUCAAGAAGAUCUCCAUUGUGGUUCAGAAAUUUCCGUUCCGAAAGAUUUUUGUUGUCCUAUCACCUUGGACAUCAUGGAAGAACCCGUUUGCGCAUAUGGAGAGCGGCAGUCCUAUGUUAAGGAGGGUGUGUCUCGUGUCGGUGUUCCACGUACUUACAUCUUGCUGAAGUAUAUCUCAUGUCUUUUGCCGCGGUUAUGAGGAUCUGUACAAUGCAACUAGCUACGGUAAUGAGCACGCCCAUAAGCGUAACAUAGGACUGCCGUUCUCCAUAUGUCUGCGCUUAUCAUGGAGAGCGGCAGUCCUAUGUUAAGAGAAAUUACUUAGAAGUGCUAUUACCAGGAGAACUCAGUUCUCUGAGAAGCAGAGCCACAGGAUCGAAUGUAGGUACAGGAUCCUGUGCUGUUGGGUCUAAAGAAUACAGGAUAAACAUAAAGUACGCGGCUCAACAAACACGCCUACGCUACUUAACUACGCUAAUAAUUGAGUAAGUAGAACUUACGCCAACACCUUAUGCUAGGCACAUUCAUUCACUCAUUCACUCACUCACUCACUCACUCAUAGAGCUUGUUACAAUAUUGUAGUAAGUACUUUAUUCUACUUAUUGUAAGUAGUAGUUCCACCAUGUAGUUCUAGUUCAUUCCUUCAUAGAACUUGUUGUAGUUGGAGAACUUGCUGUUGUAUAGUAUUAUGUUUUGUGACAGCUUCGACAAAUCGGCUCUGUAAUCGGUUGCUGUACCUCAGGAUUUCUGUAAACUUAGAUUCUGUGUGCAGUUCCCUGCCCAGGGAAUUGGGUUCUCCACAAGAGGCUUAGUUGGGCACUAAGCUUCGGAGACGGGAGGGAAGCCUGCAGGAGGUGCUUAUGGGCUUCCCCCUGACCUCACCUUUCUUCUGUCUUCAGGAGAUACACUAUCCUGAGUACAACAAAGUACUAAUACUGUUUUAGACCUUCUUUCAAUCCCUAAGCCGCCACUAGAUACCCAACUUCCUCCUAUGUAACAACUUUGUCUCUUCGCCUUGCCUUUCCAAUCACACCACCUUAGGACUAUGUACAAAAGAAACAUUUAAAAAUGACCUCCCGGCAGCAGAACGAGCGGAGUACUCCUCUGCGCAGAUGCGGUUAGUUUCUUUCUUUGAGUGAAGUAGUUUCUUGAAUUCUAAGGCCAAUGCGCUUGUUGUAGAACUACUACAAUAAGAAUGAAGAGGAGUACUACUUACAAUAAGUAGAAUAAGGAGCAGAGGAAGUGUUUUGAGCAGUUUUCUAAUCGUAAACGGGAUGCAUUGAAGGAACACCUGAUUCGUAGCGGGAGACGAAUGAGCACACCCAUGAGGAGUGAUUCUUUCGAGAGCUUUGGGGGACGAGCACCCAUACCCGGUCGCCACCCUUCUAUUGUCUAUUGUUAUGAGCACCAAGAGUACCCGGUUGGCAUCUCCUGGUUACUCACGUGAUUGAUAUUCUAACAUUCCCCAGUCGUAGCCGGAGAGCGCAGGCAAGCCGAACAAAAGAAUCGACGCAGGAGAUCAACGAGAAAGGAAGCUGGACUAAGGCCCCUCUUCUUAUUUCUAGACUUUUUCCCCCCAUGCUGCAAUUACAACUAUGGGGUAAAUGGGUAAACUACUACUACUACUACAAGAACUGUGAUCCAUUCAUUCUCAUGAUUCUUGAUCAUGUGUUUCCCUUUCCGAGAAGGAGCAAGUACAGCAAGUAGAUUAUACUUCUGUCCUUUCUCAAUGCCAUUCUAAUAUUUACAUAUAGUACUAGAAGAUCACUUCUUGCUUCUCAGUCACAGUCUACUCCAAGUUCUAGAAGAGCACUUGCUUCUCAGUCACAGUCUAUUCUAAGUUCUAGAAGAGCACUUGCUUCUCAGUCACAGUCUAUUCUAGGUUACGUCCAAUCUACUUAGAAUGAGUAGAUGAGCACUUAUUUCAGUCUGUAGAUAACUUACUACUUGAGCACUUGGGUAGGAUUCUAAUGCAAGCAAGCUCGCCUGAUCGAUCCGUGAGAACGCUGCUGAAUAGUUCGCCGAAAAACAUCGUCACGCUGACCAAGGUCGAAAGAGCACGUCUCAAGAAAUCAGUACAAAAAGUUAAGAAGACUGGAGGUGGUUGAGCUGGAGGUUGAGGUUGUACUUGUAUCAAUGUUACGAAUUGUUCCUUCGGCAUAUCUUUCUUUCUUUUCUUGACAACUAAGAAACGACAACAGCUCGCUUUGCUAUUCCUAUCGAUAUGCAUAUCUAUCUAUUCAACAAGAACUCGAUGCAUUUUGGCCGCGCCAGACUUUUCCCAGACUUAGGGGACGAUUUUUUUAGUCCGAAAAAAAAAAAAGUGUUUUGACCCAUGAAAAAAGUUGCUUUUCGCCGGUCGAUAUCUGUUUAAUUUAGUCAGUCGAAUUCUGUCGAUUUUGAUCGACCGUUUUCGAGUAAUUAUUUUUUUCGUUUACCUCCAAACAUAUUUUUUCUACAACGAGCAGAAAAAGCAGAAAAACGAAGCGCGGUUUCCGGCCUCAGUGGCCUAGCAAAAGCGAACGUCGCUGCUAGUGUUCGUUGCCGGUUUGGAAUUUACUGAAGGGCGGCUCCUGGCGAAGAUUUCUAUGCUGCGUCUCUUGGACAGAAACAGAAGAAGAAGAACGGCAGGGACAAGAGAGGGGGCCGGACUUGGCUGGCCUCUCUAUAGCCAGGCAGCGAGGGCUUCGGGCUGCCCUGUUUUCUAGAGGAGUCACGCCUUGGGCUUGCUCUAGCCCUUAUGGCUUAGGCUUAUGACCAAGGUCGCGCAUCAGUUUCGGCAUAUGUAUCGCGGUCAUGCAUUCACAACGAAGCGAGGCAAGAUCUUACGGCUACGGGCAACGGUAUGACCCUCAACGAUCUCGCUGCGAUUCGCCUCCACUCCCGGCGAGUCCCUGCCGUCUGUUGCUGUUGGUGCUCAGUAAGUUAAAGUCUAGGCAUGGCAAUGCUAACGAGAACGGCUAUGGGAUAUGAGGACGAGCUAUCCGCAUCCGCGUCAGUGGCUCCAAGCGCGAGGGGCCUGCUGGCUCUGGAAGAUCAAAGAAGAUCGAAAACGCACCGAACGCAGUCGCGACAUGGAAGCGGAAGGCGAUCGCCUGCCAGGUACUGGUAUGGAGAUGCGCAUCGCAAACGCAGGCGCCAGAUGAGGCUGAGAAUGGUCAGCGCUUUCGGACUUGCCUUUACCGUUACCAGAAAAAACCAGAUCCGGAUCGAAUGCGAAUGGCGUCGCCAUUGGGGAGCAGCGCCAGGACAGCUCAGACUAGGAGCGAGCGCGGCUCAGUCUCAAGAGCGGAACCCGAGAGCCGAGAGCGAGGGGAUGAAGAUGAACAGACGAAAACGAAAAGAGGCUACAGGUGCAGCUACUGCGGCAGGCAGUCGCGCGCGCAGUGCUGGCGCAAGUAGUCGCACUGGUAGAGGCGGACCACAGCAAUCGCAAAGCUGUAGAGCUGGGAGACUCUCAUGGUUCUGCUAACAAUGUCAGCGAGGCUCUGACCACUUUGCAACAUUGAAGACCUGCUUCGGCCAUGCCAAAGGCUAUGGAGGUGGGCGAUGGUUAUGGCCGCUGAAGCUGCAGCCGAGACUUGCCUCCGCAGCGGUCGCCGAGCGCCGAGGCCGGCGCCGCAGUCGAUAGCGACGCUUUUCAGACAGCUGGCACUGGCGCUAGCACGUUUCUGCCCCAGUCACCCUGGUACUGCUUAAAGUCGUCAAGAAUCUACUUCGUCAUCAUUCAUCCUCCCCACGAAGUCGAAGAGGCAAACGCGCAAGCAUUACUGCAUGCGCAUCGUCUGACUUGUUACCCGCAUUCUCAACAUGCUCAAGCUCAUUUUCUUCUUCAGCGUGAGCGUGAGGGUACCGCUACCGCUACCAGAGCACAAAUUUUUAAACGAUGCCGGUGAGCGCGAGGGUUAGCGGAAGCGGAUCGCCGUGCGUGGUGCGGUUCUCUUGUGGAGCGUGGUCCUUCUAGUUGUCUGCUGAUCUUCUCCUUCUGCUUCUGGUUGUGCAACCGCGUCUACUUCUAGAUGUACGACUAGCACUGGAACUGGUAUGACUAUGAAACGGCGACGAUCAUGAUGCGCAGAUCUACGUGUAGACCUAGUUCCAGGCACACCUCUCCGCUCUACUUGAAGAGACGGCAGCACCCAUCACCGUCAUGAGUCACGCCAUCGCGAUGACAUUGACACCAUCACGAUCACGCCACCACGGCGCCACCAUGACGGAGCGCGCUUUCUUGCCCCGGUGAUUAUCUCCCUCUUCGUCCGUGCAGGUGCAAGCUUUUAGCGCUACAGCUAGAUCAAGAGCUUUGUCCGGCAAAAGCGCUGGACCUGGAGCGUCCAUUUCGACGUCAGCAGUCUUCUCGCUCUCGCUGUGUUGCUGUUGGCAUUGCGCACCGCGGUGAGCGUGUAAUUACUGCUUGUGGCCGAAGACGCUCGAUGGACCGACGAUCAUGCUGGAAUGAUGACGCUGGUGACGAUCAUGCACAAGACAGGACUGGCCUUCCUUUUACCAGAUAGCGAGAGGAACAGCGCGCGCAGGUGCGCGCCUGAGUCUCUAUCUCAUGCUUGAAGAUGACGGAUAACGCUGUAGCCCCUGACUGCAACACGAUCGCAAUCUUCUCUGCGAAUGCAAAUCCGAUCUCAAGGGCAAGACUGUCCUUGACUUCAUUGCGAUAUCUUCACUCUGGAGGAGGCCGAGGCGCACUCGUAGUAGGGGGACGCUUGCGCUCCACGUUAGCGCCUGCGUGUGCGGCUGUUCUGUGAUCUGUGGUCUGCAUUCAAUUAGAGCCGCCCGGGAGAGCGAUGCUGAAAAGUGGGCACAUAGUGCACAGCGAGCCACAGCCUUAGGGAGAGACAGGACCAAGAUGAGUCUGGGUGCUCUAUUCGUAUCCGACGUGACGUGUACCCUAUCACUAUGACUAUAAGACUAUAGUAGAAUUAGAAUAGUGCUUGCGUUGUUAGUUGUUUUGUAAUUGUGCUUGUAAUCGUAUGCCUUAGCUUUACCCUUUACCUUUACUUCUACGCUUCCCUAUAGCAAUAGCUACCCUGUUACUGAGUAGCUAGCGCUUUACUGUGAACUGUGUGAGCGUGAAUGUCUAUGCCAUGUGUCUGUCUGUGUGCUGCACAGUGUACGCAUGAAAGGCGUGCAUCUAAGUGCGCAAGUACAUGCGCAAACGCAUGCACUUGUAGUCGUGCAGGGUGAUAGGAAUAGAAUGUAGAGGAAGAAUCUAAGUCAAAAUGUGCAAGGUAGACGAAGACGUAGACGCACACGUAGACCGGAAGGACGACUCUCAUCAUUGAGGCAAAGGAAUCGAGGCAGUAGUAGUGGCGGAAGCUUGCAGAGUUGCUGUCUGAAGCAGGUCUAAAUCGAUGGACUCUAGUGCGCUGAAGGCUCUCGAAAGGCAUAAACCGCCAAGAAUUGUGCUGGCAAAUCGAUGGAUUCUAGUGCGCUGGAGCCUUCGCUUAGGAAGGCUUACACAGAAAUCGCCCACAAAUCGGCGGACACUUAUGCAAAGUUUCAAAUUUUCCCUGGCCUCUUUUUGGCCUCUUUUGGCGCCGUGCAGUGGAGGUUGGGAAAAAAAUCUUGCUCGCGAAUGGCCAAAAGUGCCACUUUUGGCGUUCCCAGACUUGAGGACGGACCCGCGCCAGACUUCAGAAAUUUGGCCGAGUGUGGUCCUGUUUCGUGAAGUCUGGGAAAGUUGAACUUUUGCCUUUUCUGAAGUCUGGGAACGCCAAAAGUGGCACUUUUGGCCAUUUGUGAGCAAGAUUUUUUUCCCAACCUCCACUGCACGGCGCCAAAAGAGGCCAAAAAGAGGCCAAGGAAAGUUUGAAACUUUGCAUAAGUGUCCGCCGAUUUGUGGGUGAUUUCUGUGUAAGCCUUCCUAAGCGAAGGCCCCAGCGCACUAGAGUCCAUCGAUUUGCCAGCGCAAUUCUUGGCGAUUUAUGCCUUUCGAGAGCCUUCAGCGCACUAGAGUCCAUCGAUUUAGACCUGCUUCAGACAGCAACUCUGCAAGCUUCCGCCACUACUACUGCCCCGAUUCCUUUGCCUCAAUGAUGAGAGUCGUCCAUCCGGAGCGAUUGGGGCGCCCCUUAUGAUUGAGGCAAAAAGUGGAGGCAGUAGUAGUGGCGGAAGCCUCCGCCGAGAGUGCUCUCAGGAGCAUCCCUAAGUCGAUGCCUAUGCUAUGGGCCGCCUCCAAUGAGAAUGACUACGAAAGGAUCGACUUCAGCGCGCUCGCCCCCUCUCGUCUCUCGCCCUCGCUCUCAAGUCCUCUGUCUCAUAGAUGGAGAAGAAGCGCUGAGACAAAUGCAAGCCAGCGCGUCGAGGUGCGAUGGUAUUUAGGUCGAGGUCGAGGGUUUCGAGUUCUGGCCGAGUUCAGCGAGCAGCGUAGCCUAGCAAUGCUAGCUUCGUAGCGAGAAUCUGAAUCGUAAUCGCAAAAGUGAUGGCGAUCCUCCUGCUGGUAGACGUUGAGGUCGACCGGGUGCUAGUUCUUGUUCCACUUCCACGCAUAAGGCUUAUCGAUAUCGUUCUCCUGUUCGUCACGUCAAGAGGAUCAGGAUGAGAGAGGGCGAGCGUGAAUCAUAUGUCUGCGAGUAGGACCACGACGAGCGAGCCCACGUGCUGCGAGUUCGAGUAUCGAGAUGCUUUUCGUUUUCGAUGUCCACAGCCACACCUACCGCACACCUUCUGCUACGCCGCGUUCUGUUUCUGUGUGAGAGAGUCUAAGUCUUAGUCCGCCUCCAUGCUCCAUCUAAUGCUCAUGGCUAAUCCUAAUCCUGUUCUUGUUCUUGAUGCUGAUGGAUGCUAAUAGAAACAGCAAUCGUAGUGAAAUGGUAGCGCUAUUCUGAAAUGCGAAUCCAAAUGCAAAUGGUACAAGGACGAGCAACAGGGACAGGCCUAGCGUGUCGCUACUACUAUCGCCAUCAGAUCAGUAUCAGACGAAGGCGCUGACGUAGUUCAUGCGCAUGCAAUGCUGAUCCUGAUGGCUGACGGGGAUGGCUCACUCUGGCACUAAUUCUAGCCAUAGGCGUAGUCUCCUCUCUCGGUCUUUUCCUAUCACAAUCUCAAUCGCCGCCCGUAGCUAGUGGAAAGCUGUGUAGUCGUAGUCUCCAGAUGAGAUCUAGCACUGCUAGUUCUAGGAAUAGGUCUAGGUCUAGGGCUUGGGCUAGCGCAAGCGCUAAGACCUAGGUCUAGCCCUAGCUCGAGGCCUGCCUCUAGGUAUAGCUCUAGGCCAAGCUCAAGGCCUAGCAUAGCUCUACUAUAGACCUAGAGCUGCUCUAGGUCUAGCUCUGGCUCUAGCUCUAGCCUCUAGCAGUUGUAUAGAAUUGGUAGUGGGCUAGGCCUAGAUAGAGGCUGAAGUAGUCGCAGUCGUAGUCCUGUUUCUUCUCCUAGUCCUACUCCUAGUGUCCCGGAAGUGAAAGCAUCACUAUCGACUGCCCAUCUUCGCAAACGCUAUGAAGACAGUGAGAACGACUAUGAGUAUGACAAAGACUAUCGCUGUUCUUUUACUUUUCCAUGCCCAUAAAUGAUAAAUCGUAAGCAGAUGGCUGCUGCUUGUGCGCUCCAGUAGGCAGACUCAUACUCGUGCGUGCUGCUCGUAAGGAACGCAAUGCCAAUGCGGAAGCGGGUGAGUAUUCCCCCGAAGGCCGAAGGUGAGAACUCAGCUCCAAGCUGCUGACGCUGAUCCAGAUCCCAUACGCCUACGUCGACUACUUAAGCGUCUGCGUGUAGAUGUACGCCGUGCACGUACUUCGUACGGGUGGGACUGGAAGUGCUUCGACAUGGAGAUCGAGGCGGACGCGUAGACCUACAGCUACGCCUACUCCUUCACCUUCAGCCUCGGCAGCAGCUACAUCUUCUCCAUCUACUUCUUCUACCACAGCCACACCCACGGCGACUACUUCUGCUACUACUAAGGCUAGCACCACUAGAAGCAGGGCUAGCAGCUCCUCCCCCUCACGAUCCCGCUAGCGCGACGGCUGCGGCUACCGUUACGCCUAGGUAGAGGCGCUUGCUUCUUGCGGUUGAAGCUCCGGCCGAUAGGUCUCUUUUUCAGCCUCCAACUCGGGCCCCAUGUCUAUGCUGUCGCCGUCUCGUCUUCACUCGGCACCAAGCUCCCGGCGCGCGGCGAAAAGAACAAGAAAAACGAGUGCCAGGCGAGGACGUGAACGGCAGGCGGAAGACCAUAGCCACCAAGGGGCAACGCAGUAGCGCAAGGGCCUCAACAUGGACGGGAGGGGCUAGGACUAGCAAGAGGAUGAGGAAGAGCAAGAGCAGCCAGCAAUAAACAUAGCGUAUAGCAAUCCCAGCGCCAGCCGUAUGCUUAUGCUAUGGGUAUGAGUGUGCGCGUCUGUAUGUGUAUGAGCAGAGCAGAAAGAACUCACUGGAGAACGGGACCGCAAGCGCGACCGAAAUCGGAAAUGGAGCCCAAUCUUAUGAGCGCGCGCAGGUGCGCGAGGAGCUGAAGCGAAGGGAAGCGAGAGCAAGAGCGAGGGGCCGUCUCAGAUCCAUGACUCAGCUGCCUCUCUGCGAGGAGGAGUGGGCCCUUCGUGGAGGUACGGCGACAGCGUUCGCAAUGUCUCGGCUUCGCGCUCGGUUGGUGUAAGUCGUAAGUGAAAAGGUAACUGUAAGACUACGCGCGUGAAGUUGAGGCCUGAACUCGAGCAGUCGCCAUAAAAGUAAGCGACAGCUCUCAGCCCAAGGCUGACACUGAAGCCGGAGCCACUGAGUCGCUUUUUUUUUCCAAUGAAUAAAGCAAAAAAGAAAAGACGAAGAGCGUCGGCGUCUGACAGGCCGAAGCCUCUAUCAGAAGUUGAGCACUGUCUGGGAGUCGGCUGGCACUGCUCGAAGGGUGUUCGUUUUUGUCGCUUUGCAUUGAAGAAAUGCAGAAAGCUGACACCGGCAGCCGAGUAGCUGGCGAGUAGGCUGAAAGAGCAACUUUUUUCCCCAGCGAUGGAGUUUUUUUUUUUGUGUGGUUUCGGGAGCUCUGAUUUCUUUGAAGUCACUUGUUAAAUAUGUUUUUUUUUCGUCCGUAAAUAAGAAUUUUUUUUCAUAGGUCGAAAAAUUUUGGUCCCUAAGUCUGGGAAAAGUCUGGGAACAGCAAAAUGCAUCGAGUUCCUGGUGAGUAGAUAUCUAUUCGUCUUGCUAAAAAAGGUAUUACAUACAACUCUCGUUAACUACAUCGUCAUCUACAUCGUCAUCGCUUUCGAUUAUAGGAGAGGAACCAACCAUAUCUUCUAAUGAGGGAGAAACCUGCUGUUUCGACUUUCUGGAAAAAUUGUACUACACCCUCUGCACAAGUCCGGAAUACGUCAGACCGAAUACAAAACUGAAAAAAGAUUAUGAGAGCCGUGAAAAAACAAUUGGAUUGUUAUAGUUUUAAUAGCAGUGCCUUUGAUGAUGAAGGUAGCACCACCUCCAGAGGCAGACUGUUGUUCUAAGUUAAUUAUUAUAUGAUGAUGAAGGUAGCACCUCCAGAGGCAGAGGCAGACUGUUGUUCUAAGUAAUAUGAUGAUGAAAGUAGCACCAGAGGCAGACUGUUGGUCUACUUCUAAGUAAUUAUAUGAUUAAAAAUUGCAGUGGCAGUUUUCUAAGAAAAAAUCAUUCUCUUCUUUCUGGAGAAUCCGCACUUAGUGCCUGACGAGUGGAUGGAACAAGCUCUGCAGUAGCAUUUCGCUGGAAGAUGACGGUGAGUAGCGUUUUGCUGUAGAAGUUCAGUUUUCGAUGAUAUUGAGAAUUUUCAUAUUGGGAAUAUUGAUACAUAUUGGGAAUAUUGAUAUGGGGAAUAUUCACAUUUGAUUUUGGUUCCUACCUAGACGACCAGCUGCUCUAGUUGUACAAGUGUUGUUGUCUGUUGGAUACCUGUAUACCUGUCUUUUACCAUGCUGGAUGUUGUCAGGAUUUGCUUGCGAGGACCACCUUUGGCCGAUAUUUGUUUGCGAAUAUUACCAUGAGGACUUCUUUCCAAAUUUAUUUGCGACUGUUGCCUGAGUGUCACAUCGACAAGGGGCAAUGAAUUUUAGGCAGAUCAUGU